UUUCCCCGCCGUUCUAUAUAGCUGUCUUGUCGUAUUGAAAAUAUUUUCCAACCGCCAGUUCAGUCGUUAUCAAGUCGGCAUUCGAAGUGGUCGAACCCCCAAUACUAAGAUACUGGAACAUCGAAUGGAUUACGUCCACUGAACUAUUCAGGACUCCAAUUAAAUUGAAUAAAAAUAGUUCUAGAGUUUCUUUAGAGACGAUUCCAAUGGGAAUGUUUGCAACUUGAGUUGCAUUAUCAGAGGUGCCAGAUAACCUCCACCCUGCUACGUGGACUUGGACUCGGAUCACAUCAGAUCAGACAUCAUAAGGAAGUGGAAGAAAUCAGACAAUCUUCAUAUUUUUCAACUGUGCAGACGCAACAGCGAGCAAAGACCCCAUUCGAGUCUAACACUGGAAAUCAUAACUAUGAUUGGAAAACAGCGCAUUUUGCGGACAAGUGCGGCAGGUCUGCUUUUGGCCACUUUCAGUCUUUUCUCGGUGGUUUAUAUGGAACAGAUUGAACGUUGGAUGAUCGAGUGGCUGAUGGUUCUGAGGCCAGGAACUCUGAUAACGAAUCUUUGGCAAUCGCCUUCCAUGGAUAUAAACGUGGAUCUGUAUAUUUUUAAUUGGACAAACUCAGAGAACGUAAGCGAUCCCACAGUGAAGCCGAGAUUCGAGGAGCUUGGACCUUACCGCUUUACGGAACGGAUGCAGAAGGUCAAUGUGGAGUGGCACGAUGAGAACCACACGGUGUCCUAUAGACGUCGCAGUCGGUUUGAUUUUGUGCCAAACCUCAGUGCUGGUCAUCCCUCAGAUCCCAUCGUGGCUCCUAACCUGCUAAUCGUUGGCUUAUACCAGAAGAUGAUGACUUGGAGUCCUAUGGUCAGAUCCCUCAUGAUGAUGGCAUUAAAUCUUUAUGGAAAGGAGCACACAAUGGUCCGGCCCGCUAGGGAUUGGAUGUUCGACGGAUUCGACACGCCGUUGAUCAAGAUGAGCAAGAUAGUGCCACCAACACUGGUUCCGGAGGUGAAGUUCCCUUAUGAGAAGAUCGGCUAUGCAUAUCCACGCAAUGGUAGCAUGGAAAUCUACGGCCAUCACAAUGUCUACACAGGACGUGAUGAAUUCAAGAAACUGGGUCAAAUAGCUAGAUGGCGAUAUAACAAUGUAACAGAAGCCAGUCCCAGGUGUAAAUUAAAGGGCAGUACUGGGGAGUUCCACCCAAUACCGCUGGUGAUGGGUAGACCCAUAUCAUACUUCCUGCCGGACCUGUGCCGUGAGCUACAAGUGGACUAUUCCGGGACCACAAUCUUCGAAGGUGUCGAGGCAUUCGUGUACAAGGGCAGUGCACGCAACAUGGCAAAUGGCACUGAAAACCCUGAUAAUAGUUGCUAUUGCCAAGAUAACUGCCAGGAGGUGAGAUCCGGUCUACUCAACAUAUCCUCCUGCUGGUAUGGGGCACCUGUCUUUGCGUCCUAUCCGCACUUUUAUAAAUCGGAUCCCUACUACGCGGAGCAGGUGGAGGGCAUGAAACCCGACAAGGAUCGCCACGAGAUGGUCAUUAUGUUGGAGCCUAAAACCGGAAUGGUGUUGGAAAUCAAGGCCCGCAUUAUGGCUAACUUACUAGUCGAACCAAAAACCCAUUUAAUAUAUCGCAAUGCGAGGAAAACUUUCUUCCCCUUGAUCUGGGCUGACUAUAAUGUGCGCAUCACGGACGAUCUUCUGGGUUAUGUAAAGUUAAUACCAAUUACGGAGAUGGUGGGCAAGAUCUGUGGCAUCUUAGGCGUGGCUUUGGGAGUGGUGAUGGUCUUCUGGUAUCCCCACCAGAUGAUCUGGCAAAAAAGCUAUAUGCAGAAGAUCGAGAUUAAUACCCUGGAGACGACCAGGACGACAGAUUCCACGAAAAAUAAUGGUGUGGAGGAUUCACCGCUGCUAAUAGGAUUGCAAUACACGGGGACCAAAGAUGGGGCGGGAAAUUUAAACUGAGGUGUUUAAGUUAACUAAGUGUUUAUCAUGUCAUAAUUUUAAGUUAGCAAGGUUUUUCUUGCCUAGUCUACAGUUUAAGCCAAUAAAUGGUAAAUGGUGUUCAAAUACUCGGUACCUGAAAUGUAUCGAUUUUAUAAAGUA